GUGGCCAGUGAGUGUAUGUCUUUAUGUUUGAUUGUGGGCUUGUUGUUAACAGGUGUUGCAGCCCUUGAUUCUGAGGUGUCAGGAAAGAUAGGUCUUCGGGCUGUUAUCUAUUACUUCUCAACAACCAUCAUUGCAGUUAUUCUCGGAAUUAUUUUGGUGAUGACAAUCAAACCGGGUGUGUCUCAAGAAGCUGAAAACAUUGACAGAGCAGGGACCACCCCCAAUGUUACUACUGUUGAUACACUGCUGGACCUCCUUAGAAACAUGUUUCCAGAAAACCUGGUGCAGGCUUGUUUUCAGCAGUACAAAACAAAGCGGAAAGAGCUGGAGCCAGGGAAAGUGUUGUCCAACACCACCACGAUUCCACCUCUUGCUAUUACAGUCAUGACAGUCGUAGAGAACAUCACUAGGGAGUAUAAAAUCGUUGGAGCGUAUUCAGAUGGAAUAAACGUACUGGGCCUCAUCGUAUUCUGUGUGGCUUUUGGACUUGUUAUUGGAAAGAUGGGAGACAAAGGCCGAAUACUCCUGGAAUUCUUCGAUGCCCUGAAUGAAGCCACCAUGAAACUAGUGCAGAUAAUUAUGUGCUACAUGCCGUUUGGUAUCCUGUUCCUAAUUGCUGCAAAGAUCAUUGAGGUGGAAGACUGGGAGAUCUUCAGGAAGAUGGGUCUUUAUAUGGUGACUGUACUGAGUGGAUUAGCUAUCCACGCCACUAUCUGUCUGCCUUUCAUUUUCUUCAUCAUUGUGAGAAAGAAUCCCUACACAUUCACCCUAGGAAUGGCUCAGGCUUUGGUGACAGCCCUUAUGAUUUCUUCCAGCUCUGCUACCCUACCAGUCACCUUCCGCUGUGCUGAAGAGAACAACCGCAUUGACAAGAGGAUAACUCGCUUCGUGCUCCCAGUAGGUGCCACCAUUAACAUGGACGGCACAGCACUCUAUGAGGCAGUGGCUGCCAUCUUCAUCGCCCAGCUUAAUGACUACCCUCUGGACGUGGGCCAGAUUGUCACUAUCAGCAUAACAGCAACAGUUGCCAGUAUUGGAGCAGCAGGAGUCCCCAAUGCUGGGCUUAUUACCAUGGUGAUAGUCUUAACGGGUGUCGGACUACCUGCCAGUGAUGUUACACUGAUAGUUGCUAUGGACUGGCUUCUGUAAUUUUUUUUUUGUCAUCCCAUAUUAUUAAAUCAAGUCAAUGUAUUUUCAAUUUAUUGUGUUCUCUUAAGCCUGCAACAAACAAUGCAUUCUUUGGGAUCUGCAUCAGACUGGUGUAAGAAAUCAGUCCAUAAAUAGCUAGGACAGAACAUGAACAGACACAAGCACAAAAUAAAGUUCUAGAAU